CGAAGCCCCCCGGCCGGGGACGCCUUAGCCGGGCCGGCGCCGGCGGGGAUGGCCAGUCCUGCGGCGGCGGCGGCGGCGGCGGCGGCGGCGGCGGGCUGCAACCUGAACAACAACAACAACCACCCGUCCGGCGUGCGCAAGUGCGGCUACCUGCGCAAGCAGAAGCACGGCCACAAGCGCUUCUUCGUGCUGCGGGGCCCGGGGCCCCCGGCGCAGCCCGCCCGGCUGGAGUACUACGACAGCGAGAAGAAGUGGCGGAGCAAGGCCGCGGCGCCCAAGCGGGUGAUCUCGCUGGACUCCUGCCUCAACGUCAACAAGCGGGCCGACGCCAAGCACAAGUACCUCAUCGCCCUCUACACCCGCGACGAGUACUUCGCCGUGGCGGCCGACGACGAGCGGGAGCAGGACGGCUGGUACCGCGCCCUCACCGACCUGCUCAGCGAGGGCAAGGCGGGGCCCGAGGCCUCGUCCGGCUGCUCGUCCUGCUCGUCGUCGUCCCUGCCCAGCCCCGCCAGCCCCGCGCCGGCCGUCGAGGAGCCCCCGGCCGGGGCGGCCUACCGGGAGGUGUGGCAGGUCAACCUGAAGCCCAAGGGGCUGGGCCACACCAAGAACCUGACGGGCGUCUACCGGCUGUGCCUGGCGGCCCGCACGGUGGGCCUGGUCAAGCUCAACCGCCAGCUGCCGUCCGUCACCCUGCAGCUGAUGAGCAUCCGGCGCUGCGGGCACUCGGACAGCUUCUUCUUCAUGGAGGUGGGCCGCUCGGCCGCCACCGGCCCCGGCGAGCUGUGGAUGCAGGCCGACGACUCGGUGGUGGCGCAGAACAUCCACGAGACCAUCCUGGAGGCCAUGAAGGCCCUCAAGGAGCUGGCCGAGUUCCGCCCCCGCAGCAAGAGCCAGUCGGCGUCGGGCUCGUCGGCCAGCCGCCCCAUCAGCGUCCCGGGCGCCCGGCACCUGGUGGGUCUGCCCCGCCGGCCGCGCCCCGACGGGCGGCCGGGCCCCGGGCCCUGCUCGGCCUGCCGCCUGCGGACGGCCAGCGAGGGGGACGGCUCCCCCUGCAGCCCCGGGCCCCCGUUCGGACGCUCGCACACCGGCGGCUGCGGGGGACCCCCGGCCCGCACGGCCAAGGGGCUGCUGCCGCCUGCCGCCGCCAGCCCGGGCAGCCCCGCCAGCCUGUCGUCGUCGUCGUCGGGCGGCGGGCAGAGCUGGGGGCCCGUCCCGCCGCGCCCCGGUUUCCCCCCGUGGAGCUGCAGCGCCUCGACGGCCGGCUCGCCCAGCGACCCGGGCUUCAUGUCGCUGGACGAGGACGGGGAGGACGGCAACGCCGCCGCCUAUGUCAGCAUGGAGCGCGGGGGCAGCCCCGCCGGACGCCCCCGCACCGCCUCGCUGGACGAGCCGGGCCGCCGCCCCUACCCCGAGGACUACGGCCGGGUGGAGAUCGGCGGCCGGCCCCACGACGCCGGCUACGUGGCCAUGACCCCCGGCGUGGCCGCCCGGACGGCCGACUACGUGCCCAUGAGCCCCGCCAGCGUGUCGGCCCCGCAGCGCAUCGUAAGGGCCGGACGACGCUCGCCCCCGGAGGGCUCCCCGGAGGAGGAGGACGAGGACGACGGCGGCUACAUGCCCAUGUGGAGCGCGGCCCGGGCGGCCUUGGGGCCCGGGGGCAGCCCCGAUGGCCGGCGGCUGCCCAACGGCGACUACCUGCACAUGUCCCCCAGCGAGCCCGGCCCGCCGCCGCCGCCGCCGCCCCCCGGGGCCGCCCCUUGCUGCUGCUCCUACAACUCCCUGCCGCGCUCCUACAAGGCGCCCGGCCCCCGGCCCGCGGACCGGGACCAGUACGUGCUCAUGGGGGCGCGGGCCGGCCCGGAGCACCCCCUCUUGCAGCCCUUGCAGCAGCAGCAGCAGCAGCAGCACGUCUGGCCGCAGGCUCAGCAACCAAUGCCCCCGCGAGGGCGUCCGGGACCGCCGGCGGCCUCCCCCCCGGGCCCGGCGCCCUGGCCGGGCUCCCGCCCCCGGGCCGUGCGGCCCACCCGCCUGGCCCUGGAGACCCCCCGGGCCCUGCCCGACCCGCCGCCGCCGCCGCCGCCACCGCCACCGCCGCCGGAGCCCCGGAGCCCGGGCGAGUACGUCAACAUCGACUUCGGGGAGCCGUCGGGCCGCGGCCCCCCCGCCUCGCCGUCGCCGUCGUCGCUGCCCAGCCCGGGGUCGUGGCUGAGCUGGGGCACGCCGGGCACCAGCGCCGAAGGCCGGCGCCGCUCGCCGCUGCUGGACUACAUGAACGUGGGCUUCGGGGGUCCGGCGGGGGGCGGCGGCGGCGGCGGCGGCGGGGGCGGCUCGUCGCCCGACGGUCCUGCCUCCCCCGACGGCGCCUCGCCCUCGCCGCCGCCAGGGGGCGACUCCCCGGGCCCGGCGGCGGCCGGCUGCGCGCGCAGCCCCGCGUCCGCCCUCGGCCGCCUCAGCCUGCGGGACCGGCCCGACCCUCAGCCCGCCCCCGUCGCCCCCGCCAAGGUCGUCCGCGCAGACCCCCAGGGCGGACGCCGCCGACACAGCUCCGAGACCUUCUCCGCCACCGCCACUGUGAGCCCCCUCUCCCCGCCCUUCGCGCCCCGACCCAAGCGCCACACCUCCGCCUCCGUGGAGAACGUCUCCCUCAGGAAGGCCGCCGGGCCUGCCCCCGCCCCCGCCAGCCACGGACCCGGACUCGACUACCUGGCCCAGCGCCUCAAGGACGCCGCCAAGGGCAAAGAUGUGCAUGAAAUAUCCAGGAAAGCCUCUUUCCCUUCAUGCUCCAAGGAGGCGACGUUUUCACCGUCGAUACCUACUGCUUGUAGUGCUUCCUGCACCGAAAAGGCACUGCUGUUUGACCCAAUGCCUUCAACCACCGUGACUGUAGUUGGAGGGGGGAAAUCUCAUUUGGCUGGCCAGAUCUGAAUCCCACAUUCGUCGGGCCGACGCGAGGAUCGGCUACAGAGUGAGAGAAACGGCUAACCUCACACGGCGGACUAGAACAUUAAAAGAACCUGCUCAGCAUCUGUUUUUAAUAUGAAGCUGCUGGAGAUUAUUUUGUUUUAUUUUUCUGGUCUGGGCAAUUAGUUACCGUCUGAGAUUCUUAAAGACUGUAUCUGUCGAGGAAUGGGCAAGGGAAGACCCGCCGCCUGCCUCACCAGGUUCCCGUGUCUGGCUUCUAGCGUCACGCUGCUGUUUCCGACAGAGUGAACCGAAGACCUUCUCUAACGCGGCUACCUUCCACCGUGGCCUUUGCCUUCGUUUCUCUUCUCUCUUUUUUCUAACACAGACCGUAUUUAUCCCUCAGCACGCUAGGAGAUUCAGAUACCCACGGAAGCAGUGAAAUCUGGUAUUUACCGGUACGCUCUCAAAACCUACUACAGUCCUACCUCAGUUCAGAGUAAAGCCGGAUUCGUGUUGCCGGGGUAUGACGGGGGGUGGGGGGGAGACCGCCUUCGUCCGUUAGCCGAACGUCUCCGGAGAAGGACGGCCACCAGCCUUAUCGAACCCGCGAGGGGGUCCAGCUGCUUGUUGAAAAUAAACUUCGCUCAUAAGGCGAAGCCCGGGCCUUGAAAAGUCUAAGUGGAGAUGAAACUUUGGGGUCGGCCUUCAGAGGCAGAUCCCGAAUGCUUCGUACAGUGUAAGUGAAGGAGCAGCCAACCCGGCUUAGGUAUCGGGUUUGAGGGAGGGGAUCAGGUGUCAUUUUACCUGUCAUGGACUCUGUACGUAGACUUUGAUGUCAGUACUUUAAACGGCAAAAGCCUCUCGACAAGCUCAACUUUUUCCGCCACCCCUUUGCCGGCAACUCGCGUUUGUCGUAACCAAAAAAAAAUCUACAAAGGCACGCUAGCAGUGCAGGAGUGACCACGGGAGUUGGGCAGAUGGAAACGUUAUCUUUAAUGAUAUGCUGUUGUGCCCGGCCAUUCGGGCCCUUGUCACCAGAAGAGGCCUUCAAAGCCUCAGGCAUUAUUGAAGGGAAAACAACACAACUCGCAGUACUCCUCACUAGACCGAUCAUGUUUUCUGUUUUCAGUAUUCUGAAACAAAACAGUAUUGUGAUAUUUCUCUCAUAUCACACAGAGCUGCUAUUCAAGGCCAGCAGAAUGGCACAAACCUCUGCCGCUCCUCUGACGAAGCUGGUCCAUCUCUUUCCCUCCUCCUUCCGUGGAUUCGUCCACAGUGCCGGCCUUUUCCGACAGUCACGUGUGCGUUACACUACUUCAGCGAAGGUGUGUGUUUGUUUUUUUUGAAAAUUUUCCUCAUCAUGGAAAAAAAGAAGAAAUGUACAUCACUGUAAAAAUGCAUUGUACGAUUUGAUUUUUUUUUUUUCGUUUUGGAGGAAGACAAAAAAAUUAGAUGUCUUAAAACCUAUUUAAUGGCAAUGCAACGUCUUCCUGCUUUCAUGCUGAACUUUCAGAACCGAGGAUUGUAUUACAAAGACAAAGAUGAAUGUAAAGUAAUCCCUCCCACCACCACCCCUGAACAUUUUUUUUUUAAAGUUUUACUAUUCAGACAUUUCACAAUGCAGACUGUACAAUAUUUGGUCAAAAGUCAGUUUCGGUGUAUAAAGUUGUCUUAAAGAUGUAAAAUAUUCUAAGAUAUUUUAUUUAGUUUUGGAAGUAAAAAUGACGGUUGAUAUUUGCUAUAUAACUCUCCAAGUUCAAUAGCACUGAAAGGUGGGACUUACCGAAUACAGGGUGUGGACUCCUGUUUGGACAUAAUAACCCUCUUCCCCGAUGGUAAUAUACCAUUCUACCAAAUGGUUUAGAUUCCUACCACGUCUUCACCAAGUGAGACAAAAAUGUGGCUAGCGUACUCAGACUUCCUCUCUCCUGUACAUUUCAGAAAAAGGCAUAUGCAAUAUUUACCUGAUUAAUUUAGUUUACAGAAUGGAACCAAAAUGUAGAAAAUGUUACGUUUGGUAAAACAUUACACUGUAUAUUGGGUCUUUGUACAUUUUGCCUGACUUCUCUCAAAUUGAAAAUAUUUUUUGCUAAAUGAACUUUAACGGUUAUGAAACAGUGUUUUCUUUUGGGGUAAGUAUUGUUUCUGGUUAGCAAGAUGUUAAAUAUAUUUCUCGCUAUUGUGAUGACAAGAGACUUAACUUAUCUUGCUCUGUCUUCCAAUGUACACGCUGUAUAUAAGGAUAAAUGUAAUGCUGCUGGAGACAAGAAUAAAUGGAACUAGAGUAGUGCAUUGUAUUUAGUCUGUAUUGAUCAUGGAUGCUCUCCUUAAUAGCCAUAUGCAAUAAAAUAAAAUACAUUAUUUAUGACAGGAAUGAAGUCUUUGAGAACCUGUUUUCUGUAGACUUUCUGGGUAUCAAACCAUUCUACUCUUAUUCUUUUUAGAUGAAUGAAUAAAUAUGAUCAUUCUGCAAAUUA